UCGUAAUAAAUAGCUUUUAUUACCCAUCGCGGUUAUUCUGGCAACCGAGCGACAGCACUUUGAUAGAUGGGCCCGGUAGUUUCACAUGUUAUGCUUCCUCAGAGUUAGUAGGAAAUAACGGAGGGGGAAGACUAGGAAAAAAAAAGGUGGGGGGAGAGACUUGGCAAAGGAAAUCUUAUGGGUAUAGGGGAACUGCAGAUCUCUGAAUUCCGAAACAAGAGCUAGAGCUGAAAUGUGAUUCUCUAGUUCCUGGCGUAGCUCGCAUCUUGCGGGUUACAAUUGUGCAGGAUGCUCAGAGGAGCCCUUUGGAUCGCACAAUGAACUUGGGGGGACUAUGCAGCCGAGCAAGCCAGUGAGGCACCUGGAAGUUUGGCUAGGGAGGAUUUCGAGGGGGGUUUUCUGAUGCUUAGGAGAAUCCUGCCUGCUUUCAGCUGUGUGGAGGAGGACUCCAGUUUCCCUAUGAGGGGCCCACUUGGAAAAGCCGUCUGUGCAGACUCCCGGCUGAGCUGCUGUGUUUGUUAUUUACCAAAAACCUUUUCUCACCUUUGCUGAUUUUGUUCAUGCGAUUUACACCUACUGAGCCACGGGAAGGAUUUCAGGAUGGAUUGUCUGUGCAUUGUCACCACCAAGCACAACCAAGGAAAAUGCCCAGCCCAGAACUGUUCAGUGGAACCCCCUGCUUGGAUGCCUGUCCAUCAUUGUACUAAGUAUCGCUAUCAAGAUGAAGAUGUUCCACAUGAUCAUACUUUACCUCGUCUAACCCAUGAAGUAAGAGGACCUGAACUUGUUCACGUGUCGGAGAAGAACCUGUCACAAAUAGAAAAUGUGCAUGGAUAUGUCUUGCAAUCCCACAUUUCUCCUCUGAAGGCCAGCCCUGCUCCUAUUAUUGUCAACACAGAUACUUUGGAUACUAUUCCUUAUGUCAAUGGAACAGAAAUUGAAUACGAAUUUGAAGAAAUCACAUUGGAGAGGGGCAAUUCUGGGCUGGGAUUCAGUAUUGCUGGAGGCACAGAUAAUCCCCACAUUGGAGAUGAUCCUGGCAUAUUUAUUACGAAGAUUAUACCAGGAGGAGCUGCAGCAGAGGAUGGCAGACUCAGGGUCAAUGACUGUAUCUUGCGGGUGAAUGAGGUGGAUGUCUCAGAAGUCUCCCACAGUAAAGCAGUGGAGGCACUGAAGGAGGCGGGCUCGAUAGUCCGACUGUAUGUCCGUCGAAGGCGGCCUAUUUUGGAGACAGUUGUAGAAAUCAAACUUUUCAAAGGUCCUAAAGGUCUAGGCUUCAGUAUCGCAGGAGGUGUGGGCAAUCAACACAUCCCUGGAGACAACAGUAUUUAUGUUACUAAAAUUAUAGAUGGAGGCGCAGCACAGAAAGAUGGACGUUUGCAAGUAGGAGACAGACUACUAAUGGUAAAUAACUACAGUCUAGAAGAAGUAACACAUGAAGAAGCUGUAGCGAUCUUGAAGAACACUUCAGAUGUAGUUUAUCUAAAAGUUGGCAAACCAACCACCAUUUAUAUGACAGACCCUUAUGGCCCACCUGAUAUUACUCACUCUUAUUCUCCACCAAUGGAAAAUCACAUUCUCUCUGGCAACAAUGGCACUUUAGAGUACAAAUCUUCCCUGCCGCCCAUCUCUCCUGGAAGGUACUCGCCAAUUCCAAAGCACAUGCUUGUUGAGGACGACUACACCAGGCCUCCUGAACCCGUUUACAGCACUGUGAACAAACUAUGUGAGAAACCUUCUUCUCCCCGGCACUAUUCCCCAGUUGAGUGUGACAAAAGCUUCCUCCUCACAUCUCCCUACCCCCACUACCACAUGGGCCUCCUCCCAGAUACAGAGAUCACCAGUCAUUCUCAGCACAGUACUACGACUCGUCAGCCCUCAAUGACUCUACAGCGAGCCAUCUCCCUGGAGGGCGAGCCUCGCAAAGUCGUCCUCCACAAAGGCUCCACAGGGCUGGGCUUUAACAUUGUGGGCGGAGAAGAUGGUGAAGGGAUCUUCGUAUCCUUUAUUCUAGCGGGAGGACCAGCAGACCUGAGUGGGGAGCUCCAACGAGGAGACCAGAUUCCUUUCGUGAAUGGCAUUGACCUUCGUGGUGCCUCCCACGAGCAGGCUGCAGCAGCCCUAAAGGGGGCAGGGCAGACAGUGACGAUCAUAGCACAAUACCAACCCGAAGAUUACGCUAGAUUCGAGGCAAAAAUCCAUGACCUACGCGAGCAGAUGAUGAACCACAGCAUGAGUUCUGGGUCCGGCUCCCUGAGAACCAAUCAGAAACGCUCACUCUAUGUCAGAGCCAUGUUUGACUAUGACAAGAGUAAAGAUAGUGGACUCCCAAGUCAAGGACUGAGCUUUAAAUAUGGUGACAUUCUCCAUGUUAUCAACGCUUCUGAUGAUGAAUGGUGGCAAGCCCGAAGGGUAACUCUAGAGGGAGACAGUGAGGAGAUGGGUGUCAUCCCCAGCAAAAGGAGAGUGGAAAGAAAGGAACGUGCUCGAUUGAAGACAGUGAAGUUUAAUGCAAAGCCUGGUGUGAUCGAUGCCAAAGGGGACAUCCCCGGAUUAGGUGACGACGGUUAUGGAACAAAGACUCUGAGAGGACAAGAGGACCUCAUUCUUUCUUAUGAGCCUGUCACAAGGCAGGAAAUUAAUUAUACUAGGCCAGUUAUUAUUCUGGGUCCUAUGAAGGACCGGAUCAAUGAUGACUUGAUAUCAGAAUUCCCUGACAAAUUUGGCUCCUGUGUACCUCAUACCACAAGGCCUAAGCGUGACUAUGAGGUGGAUGGUAGAGACUAUCAUUUUGUCAUUUCAAGAGAGCAAAUGGAAAAAGAUAUCCAAGAGCAUAAAUUUAUAGAAGCUGGGCAGUACAAUGAUAAUUUAUAUGGAACCAGCGUCCAAUCUGUGCGAUUCGUUGCAGAGAGGGGCAAACACUGCAUACUCGAUGUGUCAGGAAAUGCUAUCAAGCGGUUACAAGUCGCACAACUCUAUCCCAUCGCCAUCUUCAUUAAGCCGAAGUCAUUGGAGCCAUUGAUGGAGAUGAAUAAGCGUCUCACAGAGGAACAAGCCAAGAAAACCUAUGACCGAGCUAUCAAGUUAGAACAAGAAUUUGGAGAGUAUUUUACAGCUAUUGUUCAAGGUGAAACCUUAGAAGAUAUAUAUAACCAAUGCAAACUCGUUAUCGAAGAACAAUCCGGCCCUUUCAUCUGGAUCCCUUCCAAGGAGAAGUUAUAAAUUAGCUGCUGCACCUCUGAUGAUGACAGAAGAGUAUUUAGAAGAAAAAAUAUAUAAUAUACUACGUGGAGGCUUUUAUGUUUUUGUUGCAUUUAUGUUCUUGCAGUCAAUGUGAAUUUUUAUGAAUGUACAACACAACGUGUGUGAAGCCAUGAAGGAAACUGAGGGGCCAAAGGGUAGAAACUCAAAGACUUUUGCCGUAUGUGGGGAAAACGUCAUGUGCUCAAAGUGCCAGGUGUAGGUAUGGAUUUCUGAUGGGGCUCUCUGCCCACAGGUUCGAGCUGCCUCCUCGACUCAAUGGGCACCCCCCAACCUAUUGUAAUGGCUGAGUUCUGUGUGUUGAUUGCUUUAAAGAAAAGUUCCCAGCUCUUGAACCUCAUCAAGCUUGUCAUUGCACAUCUGUAAUUGGUACACAUGGAAUUUUGUAACUAUGCACAUCCUUUGAUUUCUUAGCAAAAAGAGACAAUGAUUAAAAAACAUCAGAAAGGAAGGAAAUGGUUCCCUUAAGAGACACCAUAGCAUCGGGAAGUGGUGACCACAUGGUUGUUUUGACUGGUACCGGCAAAGGAAAGCAUUCCGUGAAAUUGUCGAGUGUCUGGAGCAUUUACCUUAUUGAUGAUGGGGGAGGGGGGGGUUCCAUCUGGGAAUAGCUUUAUGAUUUUUGAUUGUCUAUUUUACCAUUUAUAUACCGAAAGGAGGCACUUAAAGAUGGAAUAAUUUAUAAAAUAAAAUUAUAUUAAAUGUAUAGAAACUAA